AUGGUUAUUUAUUCUGCUCAUCCGCAAGUUGAAGUCCCGUGUUCUUCAGAGGAAACGGAGGUAGAGAAAACUCUAGAAUCAGGACUUUACAAGAACCUGGAUAAAUUCAUUGAGGUUUGCCCACACAGUGCAGAAAAGAGCGGGAAGCAAGCCCCAGAUCUUGUAUCCGUUGAUCGAUUCCGGAUCCAUGGGCCUUUGUAUACCGAGGCCGACCAAAUUACUGCCCUUGCGUUCUACAUGGACCGUGGCUUAACCUACAUUCCAGCCAAUAAUGCCGGUUUUAGCUUGUUUCAGGCCAGUGCUUGUGCAACUUUCGACUCUGCGUUGCGGAUCCCAACGCAUGGGGUUGGUUUGCGGACCUGGCAUAUCAGCGAAAGACAGACAUGUGGUGCGGGAAAUGCGAGGGCACUGAGUGAAGGAAGGGUCUUCGAUGCGAAGGGCCAUUUACUGGCCAGUGUGACACAGAAAACUAUUUUAUGA